CGGGUGGUUGCGGGUGGGGAGGACGCGCACUGCGGGCUGGGAACUUUGACUUCUGUAGUGUACACGUGUUAAUUAUGUCUGCUCUCUUAGCUUUGACGCUCGUGGCUAUCUGUGGCUUGGCUGUAUCUGAAGAUGCAUGCCACGAAUUCGCUGGUGGUUCAGUUUAUCCACAAGAGUCUGGAAAAGCGUCAGGUCACGCACUGCAAUGGACGAAGGCAAUGAUUUCAAAACCUGCACCCUACUGGGAGGGAACUGCUGUUGUUGAUGGAGAAUUCAUAGAACUGAAACUGUCAGAUUACAAAGGAAAAUACCUUGUAUUCUUCUUCUACCCAUUGGACUUCACAUUCGUCUGCCCCACGGAGAUCCUGGCCUUCAAUGAUCGGGUCAGCGAGUUCCGCGCGCUGGGAGCUGAGGUGGUGGCCUGCUCUGUGGACUCGCAAUUCACCCACCUGGCCUGGGUGAACACACCGCGCAAGGAGGGCGGCCUUGGCAAGCUCAACAUCCCGCUGCUCUCCGACAUCACGCACACUAUCGCCAAGGACUACGGCGUCUACCUGCAGGACCAGGGUCACUCCCUGAGGGGCCUGUUCAUCAUCGACGGCGCCGGCACGCUGCGCCAGAUCACCAUGAACGACCUGCCGGUCGGCCGGUCCGUGGACGAGACGCUGCGGCUGGUGCAGGCCUUCAAGUACACUGACUCCCACGGCGAGGUCUGCCCGGCCGGCUGGAAGCCCGGCGCUGACACGAUCAUCCCGGACCCCAGCAAAAAACUGGAGUACUUUGGCAGGAGUGCCAAGGACGAGAUGUAAACACCUGGCGGGAUCGGAGUGGCAUUGUGCCGUGGAAAACGGCCAGUCGUUCAGCUACGACAGCUGAGAGGGAUAAGGGAGGAGGAGGGGGCGGCACAUCUCGCGUGGCUGCGCGAUGUAGCAGCUCGCGGGCGUUGCGUUGGUGGAAUCUGCCGGCGGUUAUGGGGUUUUCUGGAAGGUUUCAGUUGAUGCGAUGAGCUUGAGUUGGACGCGUACAAAGCGUCAUUACAUUACUGUACUAAUAUCCGUUGUUUGGAUGUUAGCUUUUGCUGUUAGCAUAUUGUGCAUUCAUUGAAUUCCAGUCGUGAUAUAACACGGCUUUCUAAUCCGGCAUUCCAUUGGAUGGCGUUGCAUGGCGCGGUCUCUGCCUUCGCAUCGGCCUCCUUCCUCCGUGCAUUCAAAAGCAUGUCAAUGCAGACGGCGUCACCGCUCUCACGGCUCGUUGAUUUCUAAUCAUAUGGGUGGGAUGUUUCAUGGAGACAAUAAAACAUUUACGAAAA